GUCUUUAAAAUUGCGUCUCAAUCCCACGAUCUCCGCCACCAACAUUUUCUCUGUUUUCUCCUAAACCCCUUCCUCCUUAGUCCUUAUUCUAUGCUCUCUGCUUCUUCCGCACCAUCCAUGGCUGACCAAGAAGUUGUUAUCACCGAUGUUCCCCUCCCCGAGAAGGCCCACGAUGAUCCUCCGCCGGAGAAGGAUCCAUUGAAGCCGGUUUCUCCACCUGAGCCAGAAGCUGCUGUGACGGGCGCUGAAGUUUUGAAGCCCGGGGACGAUGAGAAAGUCGCGGCGGAUGCCGAUUCCUUCAAGGAGGAGAGCACUAAACUCGCCGAUCUUCCCGAUUCCGAGAAGAAAGCUUUGGAAGAGUUCAAGCAGCUCGUUCAGGAAGCGCUCAGAAAGCAUGAAUUCACAGUUCGAUCGCCAUUACCGGCCAAAGUUGAGGAAGCUCCGUCCGAGGCCGUGGCGGAGAAGACAGAUGAACCGGAUGAUGCACAGAAGCGCUCCGAAGAAGAAGAGCCGCCGAAAUCGGAAACUAAAACUGCCGAAACGAGUGCAGAGGAAGGAGAAAAAGAAGCAGACAAGGCAGCAAACGAAGCGGUGGAAGUAGCAGCGGAGAAAGUGGUCGUCGCGGUGAAAACCGAAGCCGUGGACGACGACGGAGCGAAAACAGUGGAAGCAAUUGAAGAGACCAUCGUGGCAGUUUCCUCCGGCGUACCAGCGGAGGAAGCGGCGGAGAAGGAGAAAGAGGAAAGCGUAGUCGACGCGGAGGCCAACACUCCGCCGGAGGAGGUUUCGAUCUGGGGGAUACCGUUACUGGCGGACGAUCGAAGCGACGUCGUUCUGCUGAAGUUUCUCCGAGCGAGGGAUUUCAAGGUUAAGGAAGCAUUGGCGAUGAUCAAGAACACGAUCCAGUGGAGAAAGGAGUUCAAAAUCGAGGAGCUGUUAGAGGAAGAUUUGGGGAGCGAUUUAGAGGGAGUGGCGUUUAUGCACGGCUCCGACAAGGAAGGCCAUCCGGUUUGCUACAACGUGUACGGCGAGUUUCAGAAAAGAGAGCUGUACCAGAAGACGUUCUCCGACGAGGAGAAGCGGCAGAAAUUCCUCCGGUGGAGGAUUCAGUUCUUGGAGAAAAGCAUUAGGAAAUUGGAUUUCAGUCCUGGUGGAAUCUGCACCAUUGUUCAGGUGAAUGAUCUGAAGAACUCGCCAGGGCUCGGAAAAUGGGAGCUCAGACAGGCAACCAAACACGCCCUCCAGAUCUUCCAGGACAAUUACCCCGAAUUCGUAGCCAAACAGGUGUUCAUCAAUGUCCCGUGGUGGUAUUUAGCUGUGAAUCGAAUGAUUAGUCCAUUUCUGACUCAUAGAACCAAGAGCAAGUUCGUCUUCGCCGGCCCUUCUAAAUCUGCAGAGACCCUUCUGAGGUACAUAACAGCGCAGCAGCUGCCUGUGAAGUAUGGAGGAAUGAGCAAAGAUGGUGAAUUCGAGACAUGUGAUAGCGUCACAGAAAUUACAGUAAAGCCAGCAGCCAAACACAUCGUAGAAUAUCCUGUCACUCAGGCGUGCGGCGUGACGUGGGAGGUGCGGGUGGUGGGAUGGGAUGUGAGCUACGGCGCAGAGUUCGUGCCGGGGGCGGAGGGAAGCUACACAGUGAUCAUAGACAAGGCGAGGAAAGUGGGGUCCACCUCGAAGGAGCAGGUUAUUUCCAACACGUUCAAGGCGGGCGAGGCCGGUAAGGUGGUCCUGUCCGUAGACAAUCCCACCUCCAAGAAGAAGAAGCUCCUCUACCGCUUCAAGACCAACUCUCUCUCCUCCUAAACAAAUCCUCUCAAACUCCUCAACAUUCACAACCCUUUUGUUAUAUAUAUAAAAAAAAAAAACACUUCAUUUUCCCUUUAUAUUAUUUAUUAUAUUCCUUGUUGUGAGCAAUGCCUUUUCUUUUCUUCCUCAUGGGUGUAUUGUAAUCUAAUCAUGCUUCUUCAUGUU